GUAAACAAACUUUGAAUCAAAAUUUAUCUUUCUUCAUUUUAACAAAUUUAAGGCUUAUUAGGGUAUUUAUCCAAAACUAACUCGUAACUUGCUGUAUAAAAGAGCGCCAAAAUAUGAAACUAUUGUGUAAUGUAUGUUGUUUUCUGUUGAAUAUCUUAUGGUUUUCUUUGUCUCAAGCACAAGAGUUAGAUGAAGGUGAAGAUGGGAACUUUAUGUUUUUCUCAGACAACAAUGAAAUGGGUGAGAACGCCUAUUUAUUUGGGAGGGAUAAAGUGGUCUCAAGACAGGACUGUGAAGAUUCUGUCCUUUCUUCCCACUUGACGUCAAUUCAAGUGAUCAACCCAGAAAGCGUGAUAGCUCUUUCAACCAAAAACAAGUUGGAAAACAAAUGCCACAACAUUUCCAAAACCAUUAGUCACAUGGAUUCUUAUAUGAAGUCAUGUAAUUUAGUACCAGGACAAGACGAAUAUGUUCACUUAUUUGAUGCAGUGAAAGCACUUCACAAGAAGCUCUGCACCAGAGACACUUAUCACAAAUCUUUCAUGGAACAUAAGAAAUGCUAUGGCAAACUCCAAACAGAAGUAGGCGACUCAUGCAAUGGACCUACGGACUGGAGUGAGAGCUCAAAUAGUCAGCGAGUUUGCAGAGCCUAUCAAGAAAUAAGGGAUUGUUACUACCUAAAGACAUCAGUCAUGUGUGGUGAAAAAGCUGCUGAGAUUUUCAAUGAACUUGUCCAAUGUAUUAUAGAGAGUGUAAUAACUGUGAACUGUACAGUUGGUGUCUCGGAAGAGUCAUCGCUGGGGAUGAGUAAGGUUCAAGCACAGAUGUUACAAUCCCAACUUCCUUCAUCUAGUCAAAUUCAUCAUGUAUCAAAGCUAUCGUUGGUGAUGUUGACAGCAAGUUUUCUGGUAAAAUUCACAACUUAACAAAAUCAUGAAAAAAUCACAAACGAGUCAGUACAGUGUCAUGAACCAAAGGAACUACUUAAGUGUACUUCCAGUUAAGUCUAAGUUCCAAUGCAUUUAUACCUUUCAAGGCACUUUGUAAGUGUUUGAAAUCAAAUAAAUGGAUCGUUA